AUGAUUGUAAAGGGUGGCGGACACCUUUAUACCAUUUCUCCAAAUGAGACAGAAGAGAGAAGAAGACAAAAUAACAAUCAUAUAGUUGAUAGAACAUCGUUAAUUCAUUCUAAGUUUUCUUCAGUUCAUAAACUAGUAUAUUCUGUUUUACAUACUAAUAUAUCUAAACAUUAUUCUAUUCCAUCAAUGAUUAAGAAUGAUAAUAGAAGACCAUUAUUUAUAUGGAAUAAUUUUAAUAAUCAAAAUAACGAUGAAAAAAUUAUAGAAUUGAAUAAAAAAAUUUCUACUGAAGAUAAUAAAAAAAAAUGUUUUUUUCGCUAUAUUAAACCAACAUUUUGGUUUAAAAAUAAAAACCAUCAAUUAAAUGAAGAAUUAUUUGAAAGUAAUAAUAUUUAUAAUAAAAAAGAUUGUUCAACAAAUAUUCAUGAAAGUGAUAUAUCAAAAUUUGGUUCAUUUAUGUGUUUAUCUAAUGAACUAAAAUCAACAAUUCAUACAAAAACAUCUUCAUUACCAACAAAUAUAAAUAUUAAAUGUAAAAGUAAUUCCUGUAUGUUUGAUCAUGAUGAUAAAAAAACUGAUCAAACUUUUAUUAUUGAACAAUCUUUAUGUCCCAAAAUUAAUGGUUAUCAAAUUAUAAAACAUAUUGCUUAUGGAGGUUUUUCAACAGUUUAUCAAGCCAAACAUCUUUUGACAUCCGUUUUAGUAGCUAUAAAACAUGUUGAUAUCAAAAAAAUGGCAGUUGAAAAUGGUAAAAAUAUUAGUGAUACUAAUAUACCCUUUCAUGAGAAAUAUAAGAAAGAAUUAAAAAUGUUAAAAAAUGAAAAAUCAAUUUUACAAAAAAUGAAUCAUAAACAUAUUGUUAAACUUUAUCAUGUAAUUGAAAGUCCUGAUUUGAAAUAUUUUACAUUUGUAACAGAGUUAUGUGAUGGAUUAGAUUUAUUUGAUGAAAUUUUAAAAAAUGGACCUUUUAAUUAUAUUGAUACAAAAUAUAUUUAUUCACAAUUUAUUUUUGGUCUUCAUUAUCUUCACACGCAUAAUAUUGCACAUCUUGAUUUAAAACCUGAAAAUGUUAUAGUUUCAAAGAUUGGUCAUGUUAAAAUUAUUGAUUUUGGAAUGGCUUUAGAAUUUACACAUGCUGAUACAACUAUGGCUUCAUUUGGUGAUUUAAAAAUUGAUGAAAUUAUAAAUGAUAGUAAUAGACAUAAAAUAAAAAUUGUUAGUGGGUGUGGUACAUUAAAAUAUAUGGGACCAGAAAUAUUGAGAUCAGAACCUUUUAAUCCUUUUCAAGCUGAUAUUUGGGCUGCAGGAUUAAUUUUAUAUGUAAUGAUUAAAGGAUCAUUCUUAUUUGAUGGUACAUAUAAAAAUGAUGUUUUAGAUGAAAUAAAAAAAAAAUUUGAUGUUAUGAGAGCUAAAUCACAUUCACCACAUAUUGGAAAAAAGAAAGAAAUAAUUGAUAGAGGAUAUUUAUAUCAUACAAGAUACCCAAUAAUUACUUCUUCUGUUGUAAAAAUUAAAAAUCAAUCUUCAAAAUUUUUAUAUUUUACACAGUAUCAUGAUAUUGAUUAUUUAUUAGUUAAUAUGCUUCGUAUUCAUCCUUAUAGAAGAUGGAAUACUGAUCAAAUAAUAAGUAAAACAGAUUUUAUUAUAAAAGACACAACAGUUUGCCAUGAAAUUGAGAAAAGAAAAAAAAUAAGAAAAAGAAGUAGUAAAACAUCAUUUUGUGGUUUGGUAGGACAAUUAAAAACUAAUAGUAUUAAUGAUAUUACAAUAGAAGAUAAAAUAAAAUUUGAUGAUAAAAGAUUAAAACAGAUGAAAGCUCUAGGUUAUUGUAUUCAAUCAACAAAAGAAUCAAUAAGAAAAAAUUUAUAUGAUACCCCUCAUUCAAUUUACAAUUUAUUAGGUGUUCAACAUCAACAAUAUUUUUAUAAGUAA